AUGUCAGCAAUUGAUCCGGACUGCGGAGUGAAUGCUAUCGUCAACUACACCCUGGGAGACGGAGUGACCCAGCAGUUCUCCGUGCGAGCUGAUACAGGGGAUCUGUGUGUCUCUGGACCAUUGGACCAUGAAACCAAUAGUGAUUUUGAGUUUCCCGUUAUUGCUACUGAUCGAGGGGGCCUGUCGACGACCGCAAUGGUGAAGAUUCAACUCCUCGAUAUAAACGACAACGUUCCGGCCUUCACUGUGAAAGAUUACGACGUUUCUCUGAAGGAGGGUAGGAUAUCGAGCAGCGAACCGAUAGUAGCCGUGUCCGCUAGUGACGCUGAUUCUGGAAGAUUCGGAACUAUUACGUACAGAAUCGUGAACGGAAACGAUAAUGACGUUUUCCGUAUAGAUAGAAGUACAGGAGAAAUAUUCGUUACGAAGCCAGCUCUGAUUCAAGCGAACGGGAAGUUUGAUUUGGAAAUAUCAGCGACUGAUGGCGGUGGUCUGGCCGCGCCGCAAGGGGCUACAGUGCACGUGAACGUGAUGCCUGCUGGGGUCGGUUCAGCAUUGUUCGAUAAACCAAGAUACAAUUUUCGUGUACGAGAAGACGUGAGAAGCGGUACCAUUGUUGGCAGCAUUAAAGCUACAUCUGGAGAUGUUUGUCGAAAGCAACUAGUUCGGUACAGUAUCGUGUCUGGUGAUGUGGAUAAUCGUUUCACUAUCGAACCCCACACCGGUGCCAUCAGGACUUCAGGCCAGCUGGACAGGGAGACUACGCCUUCAUACUUAUUAAACAUCAAAGCUGCUACUGGCAACCCAGCGAGCUAUGAUCAGACACAGGUUCAAAUAACGUUAGAAGAUGUAAACGACAAUGCACCAGAAUUCGGUACAUCAUCAGUAAGGGUAUCUGUAGCUGAAUCAGCGGCAAUCGGCUCUGUGGUGUACGCUGCAAGAGCGACUGAUGAAGAUGGGGGGAAGAAUGGUCAGAUAACCUACCACCUGGUCUCUGCUACUGGACCACCAAACACUUUCGCUGUGAGCCCUCAGCACGGAUUAGUUACGUUAUUGAGGGCAUUGGAUUAUGAGAAUCUCGUUCGGCACACUCUCAUAAUAUCUGCCAAAGACAAUGGAAGCCCGCAACUGAGUGCUAAUUUGACGCUCUCAGUGGACGUUCAAGAUGUCAAUGACAAUGCUCCAAUUUUCGAACAUGAUACUUAUAGUGCAAGCGUUUUAGAAUCAGAUGCUGUAAAAACUAAGAUUUUAGAAAUACAAGCUAUAGACAAGGACACCGGUAACAAUGCGCGCAUAACCUAUCGCGUCGUAUCUGAGAAUAAUACAAACGAAGAGCAUUUUAAAGUUCAGCCGACCACGGGCUGGGUGUACCUCGCUAAACCUCUCGAUAGAGAGACGAUAGCUAAACACAAAAUGACAAUAAUAGCUACAGACAAUGGUAUCCCGCCGCUGUCAGCGACUGCCAGCCUUAUUGUCAAUGUGGUAGAUGCUAAUGAUAAUGAUCCAGUUUUUUCGCAAAACGGCUAUGAAUUUUACGUUGAAGAGAAUCAAAAGGCUGGUGCGUUCGUUGGAAAGAUAUCAGCGACUGAUGCAGAUUUGGAAGAUAAUGCGGCAAUUAAGUACAGCUUGUUUCCUUCUAAUACGAGCUUUCUUGUCAAUCCUAUUACAGGUGUUAUAACUACAAAAGAAAUUUUAGACAGAGAGUUCAAAAACUCAUAUUCAUUGUUUGCUGAAGCAAGAGACCAAGGUUCCCUUCCUAGAUCAAGCAGAGUUCCAAUUUCGGUUAAAAUCACUGACGUCAAUGACAACUCGCCAGAAAUAAUUGACCCCCGUGAAGAUGUAGUCAGUGUUCGAGAAGAACAACAGCCUGGGGCAGAAGUAGCAAGAGUAAAAGCCAUUGACAGAGAUAAUGGAGUAAACGCUACAGUGGUGUAUUCUAUUUUAAAUGAAAGAGACAUGGAAGGGUUUGGUGUUUUCGUAAUUGAUUCAAACACUGGCGUUAUCAAAACAAGUACCGUUCUUGAUCACGAAGAAAGAUCCAUAUAUCGUCUAACUGUAGCAGCUACAGAUGGAGGGCUUCCACCAAGACAAACUGUACGACAGCUGAAAGUAGAAGUAUUAGAUUUAAACGAUAAUCGACCUACAUUUACAAGUUCAAGUCUAUCUUUCAAAGUCAAAGAAGAUGCGAAAAUUGGUCAUAUAGUAGGUGUAGUUGCAUGCUGUGAUAGCGAUUUGAGUGAAAAUAUAAUAAACGGUGACGAUGAAAGACAAAUUUCCUACUUACUCAUGUCUCUUACAUCUGAUUACUCUCCUGGUACAUUUGAAAUUGACAGACGAACUGGAUCUUUAGUUGUCGCAAGACAAUUAGAUAGAGAAAUACAAGAUGAAUACAGACUGGAAGUAAGAGCGUUAGAUACAUCGGCAACAAACAAUCCUCAAAGUAGUGCUGUCACUGUUCGUAUUGAAAUUGUUGAUAUAAACGAUAAUUCACCACAAUGGGCUGAAGAUCCGAUCAACAUAGAAGUCUCUGAAAUUACACCUAUCGGUACCAUUAUUUACAACUUCACUGCUCAAGAUGCAGACGCUGGUCCUAAUGGCGAACUAAAUUAUCAUAUAAUAUCUACUCUACCAGUUAACAAGAAUGUAUUUCAAUUGGACUCUCUUACUGGUUCUCUAAAAUUAACUUCACCACUCGAUUACGAAACUUUGAAAGAAUAUUGGCUAGUUAUUGAAGCUGUCGAUCUUGCAACUAAUAUAUCAGAGAGAAUGGUAACAUCAGUGACAGUUCAUGUAUCUAUUAUUGAUGCAAAUGAUAAUACACCUAGUUUUGUAUCAGCAAGUAAAGUGUCAGUCACGACAAAUACUUUAUCGGGCAUUCUAUACCAAGCUUUAGCUGUUGACACAGAUUCUGGUGAUAAUGGAAAAAUAUCGUAUUACAUAUCUGGUGGAAAUGACCACGCUUAUUUUUCAAUAGAGUAUGAUACCGGUAAACUUACUUUAGCAAAGAAGUUUUCUUCAGAUGUAGCAAGAGUAAGACCCGGUCAAUAUAAAUUAAAUUUAACUGCUUCCGAUCACGGAGUUCCAUUUCCCAGACAAAGUCAUAUGACAUUGGUCUUAAAUUUACAAGAGUCGACAAACGUACCUCCAAGAUUUACUGAUUCAUACUAUAGAGCUAAUAUUAGCGAAGAUAUUCGACCCGGUAGUUUUGUAACUAGACUUUCAGCAAAGUCAUCAAAAGGUAACACAGGCAACCUAAGCUACAUGAUACCAUCAGGGGUAGCUGGUGAUAAAUUUGCAAUUGAUGAACGUCUCGGUACCAUCACCAUUAAAACUAAAAUUGAUAGGGAAGAAACAGAUCAAUACAUUUUUCCUGUAUACGUUACGGAUUCAAGUACUUUUCAAUCUACAACCAACUUCGAUGUUGCUACCGUGUUGAUCAGUAUUUUAGAUGUAAAUGAUAAUCCACCAACAUUUAAACAAGGAUCUUGUUACACAUUGACAGUGCCUGAAAACAACGAACCUGAGGUGAUACACACAGUUGCAGCAACAGACAAAGAUAUCGGGGCUAAUGGAAUUAUUACAUACAGUAUAAUUUCUGGCAAUAAUGGAAAUAAAUUCGCAAUUGAUGCUACAACAGGUAACCUCACAGCAAAAACCCUAGAUAGAGAAACUCAGUCGAGGUAUGACUUAACGAUAUCUGCUUAUGAUCACGGUUCACCAGUGGCACUACAAGGAUCUUGUAAUUUGACUAUAAUUGUUGAAGACCAGAAUGACAAUGAUCCUGUUUUUGACACAGGACAUUAUUCUGCUGCAAUUUCAGAAGAUGCACCUAUUGAUACCUCAAUUAUUAAAGUAAGAGCCACCGAUGCAGAUUUAGGCUACAAUAAGCGAAUCGUCUAUUCGCUUGCAAAUGAAAGUCAAGGACUAUUUAGAAUAGAUAAUAAGACUGGCAUUAUUUUUACUACGGGACAUUUUGAUCGAGAAAAAACAAAUAGUUAUCGUUUUGAUGCCGUUGCAACUGAUCAAGGGCGAUAUGUAGCACGGUCACAGAGAGUCUCAGUAGAAGUUACAAUAAAUGAUGUCAAUGAUAACAAACCGAUAUUUACAAAAUAUCCAUUCAAAGAGCAAAUAGCCACAUUAACUCCGCCAGGACAAAGUUUGAUACGAGUUUCAGCUAGUGAUAACGAUAUAGGCACUAAUGCUGAAAUACUUUUUGAACUUUUGGACACAUCUAAUCAUAAAUUUCGUAUAAAUCCGACUACAGGGGUUCUAACGGCUACGCAAAGUCUAGCAAGUGAAAAUGGUAAAUUAAUGCAUUUGAAGGUAAUAGCUAAAGAUAAAGGCAACCCACCGCAGAGCUCAAUAGGCCUUAUCGAAUUACGUGUGGGAGAUUCUUCUGACCAAACACAAUCUCUUAAUUUCCAAAAUUUCACGUAUAAUGUUACGAUCGAAGAAAAUUUACAAUAUGGAAAAGAAAUUUUACAAGUGACAGCACUAAGAAGUGACGGACGUAGGCAAAGAAUAAUUUAUGAAUUCGGAAAUGGAAAUGAAAAUUGCGCAUUUGAAAUAGAUUCUAAUACCGGUGUUAUACGAAUUAAUAACUCUGCAAAUUUAGAUUACGAAUCUUAUUCAGGACCAAAACGGGAGCUGGUGGUUGUAGCUCGCACAGAAAGUGCUCCCAUUUUAUAUGGCUAUUGCAAUGUAAUUGUUAAUCUUUUGGACCAAAACGAUCACGCGCCUAGGUUUACGCAACAACAAUAUAUAGCGAAUGUCCUCGAAGGGAAUACAAAGGGCGAGUUUGUUGUUCAAUUAUCCGCUAAUGACGACGAUCAAGGGGCAAAUGCAAGAAUACUUUAUCAUAUCGUUGAUGGCAAUCACGAUAAUGCCUUCAUAAUCGAUCCAGCAUUUUCAGGCAAGGUAAAAACUAACAUAGUACUCGAUAGAGAGAUAAGAGAGACAUAUAAACUAACAGUUAUUGCAACUGAUGAAGGCAAUCCGCAAAUGACAGGGACAGCUACGCUGAGAAUAAAUGUCGUUGACGUUAAUGACAAUCAACCGACAUUCCCACCGCCAAAUGUCAUCUCUAUAUCAGAAGGAGCGGAAGUUGGUUCGGUACUUACAUCUGUUACUGCAAAUGAUGUUGACACAUAUCCAGCUCUGAAAUAUGCGAUUGUCGAGGGAGAUAACACUUUUUCAAUAGACAGAUAUAGUGGGAAGAUUGUUUUAAACAAGCCACUUGAUUAUGAAAGCAAAAAAGUUUAUGAAGUCGAUAUAAGCGCAUCUGAUAGUGCACAUGUUGCAAAAACGACUCUAACCAUUAAAGUAAUUGACGUUAAUGAUAAUACACCGAUUUUCGAUGAUAUAUCUUAUAAUAGAGUGCUUCCUGAAGGCAGUGGAACGAUAGAAAUCGGUUCAGUGAAAGCGAAGGAUAAAGAUAAUGAUGACAAUGGGAGGAUAUCAUACUCUAUCGCUCAACCAAGUCCUGGCUACUACAUUGACGCCGAUUCCGGGGUUCUGUACGUAAACUAUAGUGCCUUACCACCUCAUCGAAGUGAUGCUCAAUUGGCAGUGAUUGCAACGGACAAUGGGAAACCAAACCGCAGCGCCAUGGCAUCAGUUAGGAUCAGUACUGGCGCUUCUUCUGAAAUCAAACCCUUUAUCGGACAAGAUACCUACAGAAUCACUGUCAAUGAAGAUACGGAGAAAGGUUCAUCACUUCUUCAAAUCGGCGGAAUUAACGACGUCCUCAAGCGAUACAAUCUCGACUUUCAGAUUAUAUCAGGAAAUGAGGCGGAUGCUUUUGACGUGACGGCAGAGGGUGCUUUGAUACUCGUAAACAGAUUGGAUAGAGAAGUGCAAGAUUCAUACGUUCUUGGCUUAGCUGCUGUGGAGCCAGGAAAGACGUUGUCUUACAAUCAAAACAAGACGUCAAUUUUAAUAUUUGUUACUGUAGCAGACGCUAAUGAUAACGCUCCUAUAUUUUCGAUAAACGAUGUUGCACUUACUGUCAGUGAAAAUGUGAAAAUUGGCCACACACUUACUCAACUUACCGUAACUGAUGCCGAUUUAUAUGGAACACCAAACUCAGCCAUUAUUUUCAACAUCACAUCUGGGGACGACGAAAAUUAUUUCUAUGUGCAUCCAACUACUGGUAUUUUGACUGUUAAUAAAACUCUUGAUUACGAUACAGGAAAACCAAAGUAUAAGUUAGUAAUAGUUGCUUGCGAUCAAGGCAGUUCAUGUCUUUGUAACGCUGCUUAUAUAGAUGUAGAAAUUCUCGACGAAAAUGAUAAUAUACCCACAUUCCCCGUAAGUGAGUAUUUCGAAACAAUAGGGGAAAACGAACGUGUUGGAACAUCGGUAUUCACAGCAAGAGCUACAGAUCUUGACAGAGGCAAAUAUGGAAAACUAAAUUACUCCAUAGUUCCAUUGUCUACAAAUUACAAUAGAAACGAUGACUCCUGGAAAAUGUUUCAAAUAGAUUCCACAACAGGCCUUGUAAAUACUAAUGCGGUAUUUGACUACGAACAAAAGAAUAAAUAUGAGUUUUCAAUUAAAUCAUCUGAUAUGGGCGGCAAAAGUUCUACAGUAAAAGUAAGAAUUGACAUAGAAAGUCGUGAUGAGUUUUAUCCUCAGUUUACUCAGAAAACAUACAAUUUCGGUGUCCCAAAAUCUGGGUCAUUACCAGCCGGGUACGUUAUCGGACAAGCGACGGCAACAGACCGAGACAAGGGUAUCGAUGGUCGCAUAGUGUAUCAGCUUUCAACUUCACAUUCAUACUUUAAAAUUAAUAGAACCACAGGCGUAAUUAUUUUGAAAAAGAAAGUUGAAUCUGUUAAAAAUUUAUUUGGAUCCGAUAAAUCAAUAAGUUUAGUGGUUACAGCCAGCUCGGGACGGCAAGGAUCUCUUACGAAUAAAACUGCAGUUGAGAUAUUACUUGAUCCUCUAGCAGUUGUCUCCGACAACACAAAUCUAAUUAAUGACACAUCUGUUGCACAGAGUAGUGGUCUUUCCGAUUGGGCAUUAGGUUUAUUAAUUGCAUUUAUAUUUAUAAUUAUAAUAUUCGCAGCGGCAUUUUUAUUUUUACAUAUGAAAAAUAAAAGACAUAAGAAGGUAAAUAAGCCCGGCCUUAGUUCUGAAGGAGUUGGAGCUUCAAACAGUUAUGUAGAUCCAAGUGCCUUUGAUACAAUUCCUAUACGAAAUACUGGUCCAGUGAAUUCUGCCAAUCAAUUUGCUCCUCCGAAAUAUGAUGAGAUACCUCCAUACGGAGCACAUACAGCAAGCUCUAAUUCAGGGGCAGCAACGACUUCCGAAUUAUCUGGUUCUGAUCAAUCUGGAUCGAGUGGCCGUGGAUCGGCAGAAGAUGGUGAAGACGGAGAAGAUGAGGAAAUAAGAAUGAUAAAUGAAGGACCAUUACAAAGAGAGUCAGGUAUACAUAGACAAGCAAACGGUGUCGAUGAUGACAACCUUUCAGAUGUUUCUGUCCAUAACACUCAAGAAUAUUUAGCUAGAUUAGGUAUCGUGGACACUGGUACCGGUGGAGGAGCAUCGACCUCAUCCAGAAGGUGUUCGGAAAAUGUUGGUAACAAAGAUACCAUGUUACAUCAUGGCCCAAUAGAUACUAUGCAUAUAUUCGACGAAGACGGUUCACAUGAAAAUGAUAUAACAAAUUUAAUUUAUGCUAAAUUAAAUGAAGUUACUGGAAGUGAACGAGCUAGCAGUGCCGAUGAAGCAAGUGCAGCAGUUGAUAGAGCUAUGGCUCUAGGAGCUUUUCCAAGUGCAUCGGGAGAUAACACCGCUGUACCCACUGCUGGUCCAUCUAUGACAGGAAGUCUCAGCUCCAUUGUUCAUUCAGAAGAAGAAUUAACCGGAAGCUAUAAUUGGGAUUACUUACUUGAUUGGGGGCCGCAAUAUCAACCUUUGGCGCAUGUUUUCUCUGAAAUAGCUCGAUUAAAAGACGAUGCUGUGUCAUUGCAAAGUGGUAAUAGUGGUGCAUCGAGUGCUAAAAGUAAAGGGACGUCAAUAUCGGGUGGUAAAAGUGUCCCUCCACCUUUACUUACUACAGUAGCGCCUAGAAGCUGUCCUGCCCCAUCCUUAUCUUGCAGACAACCACAACAUCUACUACCAAGAUCACCUAUUAGUCACGAUGUCCCUGGUGGAUUUUCCGCUGCUGCUGCUAUGUCACCAUCAUUUUCCCCGUCCCUUUCACCUUUAGCCACUCGAUCGCCAUCUAUGUCACCACUGGUAGGGCCAGGCCUUCCACCUGUGCCAGGAGGUAGAAAACCUCCGCACUCCACCAUGAGAAUGUAACGUAGUCUAUUUUUUGUAUUAAUAAAACUGUACAUAAUUUAGUACUUGACUGUUUUGCCUUAUAAGUAUUGUUUAAAUAGUAUUUAUUGAUUACCGAUGUAAUCGGAUUAGUGUCUUUAUUAUAGUUUAGCAUCAUUUUGUGCAUGUUAUUUGUAUUUUACUCUCCUGGAUGUGCUCAAAGUGAUUAUAAGCGCUUUACCGAUUUUACGGUAAAUGUAAAUAAUGUCUUCAUUCGGGUCAUAACUUUAAUUGUACAUAUUAGUUUGUAUAUUAUAGUGCCUUGUAAAGAAAAUGAAAUGAAGACUGCCAUUUUAUAAUAGCGUAUAAAACAAACGAAACAGCUUUACUGUAAGCUAUAAGGUUAUUCUUAGAAGCAAUUUUACUGUAAGCUUUACUUUAUAUUCGAAACAAUAUAUUUUCAUUAUUGCAAAACGAAAUCAUCGAUGCAAUACUAUGAACUUUUAUCUUUAAGACAAUAUUCUGUGGCUCCACGAUAGUAUCAGAUAUAUGUAGAACUAUUAUGUACUGUGAUUUUCGUUUAAGUAUCGAAAACGCCUUUAGGUGCUCGAUUUGAAAUAAUUUGAUAACUAUCUUGUCUAAUGUAAAUUGUAUUUUUAUUAAAAUAUCAAAUUAUUUCAGAUUAAGCUGAUACUAUUUGUAUAUAACUAUGUUUAAGUUACAAACGACUGUCCAAGAUGUUUAAAGAAAAUUAAACAAAAUUGUAAAAUUGA